CCUUCCACUUCGGCUUCACUGCCGGCGACGUGUGAUCACCUAGGUAUUCAGGUACCCGCUAUGUCCAAUGACAGCUCCAUACUGGCUUAACCGCCCCUGGAUCGACCCCAUAAUCGACAAGCUGCGUAGAACAUGUUUGGCAGGACCUUCACCUCCACCGCUUGGUACGGGCUCGGCCGGUGUGAGAGUGUCAUGGGCAACACCAGCCAUUGUGUCAGUCUAUACGACCAGGCUGAAGUCCAUAAUGAUAUAAAUUGCACCGAGUUCCUCUCCAGCUUGUUCUUCAUCCAGUCGCUCCAUUCGCUUCAGGACCAGUCCCAUCGUUUCUCCAGACCCUCCGGAACAGACCUUCAACAUGCAGCUCAAGAACCUCUUCUUUGCGCUCCCUGCGCUCGUCGCUGCUGCUCCCGCGGCUCAGCCUCAGGAUGACUUCUCCGUGCAAAUCGUCGGUGGCUCUGCUGCUACCGCCGGACAGUUCCCGUACAUUGUCAGCAUUCAAGUCAGCGGCUCCCACUACUGCGGAGGUUCGCUCUUGAACGCCAACACUGUCAUCACUGCUGCCCACUGUGCUACUCGCUCAGCCUCGUCGUACACCAUCCGUGCCGGUACCCUCACCUGGGCUUCCGGAGGCGUCACUUCCAGGGUUUCCCAAGUCAUUGUCAACCCGGCCUACUCGGGCAACAACAACGACAUUGCCAUCUUCAAGCUCUCCACCUCGAUCCCCACGAGCUCGACCAUCAGCUACAUCAGCCUGCCGUCCGCUGGCUCCGACCCGGCUGCGGGCUCUUCCUCCACCGUUGCUGGAUGGGGAGCCACCACCCAAGGCGGCUCUAGCCCUGCGGCCCUCCGCUACGUCACUGUCCCGAUCGUCGCCCGCUCCACCUGCCAGUCGCAGUACGGCACCUCGUCCAUCACCUCCAACAUGGUCUGCGCCGCCGAGGCCGCCGGUGGAAAGGACUCGUGCCAGGGUGACUCUGGAGGUCCUCUCAUCACCACCGGCACCAAGACCCUCAUCGGUGUCGUAUCCUUUGGCAACGGCUGCGCGCUCCGCGGCUACGCAGGUGUCUACACUCGCGUUGCCACUCAGCUCUCCUUCAUCAACCAGUACGCUUAGAUGGGUGCUAGAUGAAAAGGUUGGAAGUGUGGGCAUUGUCUUGGAGCUC